AUGAGAUUCCUCAGGAGGGUGUCUGGGCUCAGCCUUGAGACGGGGUUAGGAGCUCGGACAUCUGGAGCGAUCUGUCUUUACCAGCCCCAAGGAAUAUUUGGCUUUUUAGCAACUAAUUCUCAUCUUUCUGCAAAAGCUGCAAACUGUGUUGAUGCUUUUGAGAUCCGUGAGGCGUUCCGUGUUUUGGAUCGUGAUGGGAAUGGUUUCAUCUCCAAACAAGAGCUGGGUAUGGCCAUGCGGUCCCUGGGUUACAUGCCCAGUGAGGUGGAGUUGGCCAUCAUCAUGCAGAGACUGGACAUGGACGGGGAUGGCCAGGUGGACUUUGAGGAGUUCAUGACGAUACUGGGGCCCAAGCUGCUGUCGUCAGACAACAGAGAAGGAUUCCUGGGUAACACCAUCGACAACAUCUUCUGGCAGUUUGACAUGCAGCAGCUGUCUCUGGAUGAGCUGAAGCAGGUGCUGUUCCACGCCUUUCGGGACCACCUGACAAUGAAGGACAUAGAGAACAUCAUCAUCACUGAGGAGGAGAGCCUCAACGAAACCUCAGGGAACUGCCCUGAGUAUGAGGGAGUCCAUCCUAAGAAGAAGAACCGUCAGACGUGCGUGAGGAAAAGCCUGAUCUGCGCCUUCGCUAUGGCUUUCAUCAUCAGUGUCAUGCUGAUCGCAGCCAAUCAGAUGCUGCGAAACGGCAUGGAGUAACCAUUUGCACUGUGAGCAUGGGGAGUGGACAGAACAGCCAUGACCUCACAUCUUUCUUGUCUCUGCAGCCAAAGCUGGACCAGCCACAAACCAAGCACUUCUCCAAACAAUCACUUUAUUUAUUUUCCUUUCAUUUCAGUUGAACUUACCUUGUAGAAGCAGACAAUGUGAGUGAAUGAUGAUGUGAAUUUUAUAUUCACUCAGCAUUGAAGAUGUCACCAUGUUAUGUAACUGGAACUGCUGAAACCUGGACUGGAACAAGAUUGUGUUUUAUAGCAAUUUUAUGAUAGGUAGUUUCUUUUAUUUAAGAGCACCAUUUAAACUUUAUUUUCUUAUGAACCCAGUGUUUUUCAGGUGCUUUGAGCCAUUCUAAUAUAUAUAAAAAACAAUAUUUAUGAUAGAUAAUCAAUGAUGAUAAACUACAUAUUAACCCCUAGAGAAGAUGCGCUGAACGUGAACAGAGUGAAUGUGGGCACUGAAUGUCAGCACAGUGUACUUUAGUGUUUAUUUAAUCCUUCACACCCAUAUUUUCCUGUAAGCUACUUAAUCACACUAUUUAUAAGAAAUCCACAUACGUAGCUCAGUUCUUAGCUUGCUGCACAUUCAGUGUCUUUGUGUCAACAAGGAGCACAAGUGGAGUUCUUAGAGAGAGGAAUUAUCACUGUCCUGCUGUCGCAACUGUGAAGUCUUGUGGCUGAAUAGUUUAUUAUUGAUCGAUUGACUGGUUGUGUUAGGCAGUGCUGUGUAACUUGUAAAGGCAGAAAAAAUAGAGGCCUUUAAUCAAGUGGCAAAGAGGCUGUUUUUCCUGUUUUGUUUUGUUUUUUUUAACAAAAAAAAUAAACUGAGGCUGGGAUAUUUUUUUUAAAUGCACAGUAAGAAAAUCAUGUGUUAAUGUUCCAUGAUGUUGUUAUACUGCCCAACUGUGGUAAAUGUAAACCACACAAAAGCAUGCCAGGAUAUACACUGCCAUACCAAACAUGACUUCUUUUCUCAUGGACUUCACUGUAUAUAGAUAUAUAGUAUUACUCAGCUUGUGUAUUGUAUUUUAAUGUA